AUGACUGAACAAACUUUACACACACAGAAACGCACACACACACACACACACACACACACACACACACACAGUCACAGUCACAGAGGCUGUGCAGCAGCGUGUCAGAAGUUUUCGAGCGUCUCUCAGGUAAGAGGUUUCUCUGUUUGAAGCCAUGUUAAAUCUGAUUAUUACUCCUGUCUUCAUGCAGCUGCAGAGGUGAAUCAUGGAAAAGUCUUUGGUUGGAUGUUUGCAUAAAAAGCUGCACAUGCAUGUUUUAUUUCAUGUGGUAGUAGCAAGAACUUUUUGGAGUCACAAAAAGUCUAUUCAGACAGUUUCUGCUUUCUAAUGAUUAACACGUUUAACGACCGAACUGUGUCACUGGGUUACAAGUCAUACAUGUCAGUCUGAGGGUUUUAUUGGUGCUGACACAACUUUAUUUAAACAACAUGUAGACAGGGAAUUUUUUUAAUUCACUCGUUCACAGACAAAAAUCAUAAAGUGGAUGAAUAAUUUCCAACUGUUCAGUAGUUUUGCCUUAAACACGAACUUGAUUAUAUUUGAUUUUUUUUUUUUUACAUUUGAUGUCUUCUCGACAUAUUAAUGCUGAUCAGUUGCUAGGGAACAUAGCACUAUUUUGUUGCAUUUUGCUGCAAGACACAAAAUGACACUGAGCAUAUUUGACUCAGAAUAAACAAGCCAGAUUUGUAGAGAGGACACUAAGUUUUAAGGGGUCCACAUAGAUAAACUUUAAUAUGUCUCUUUAGUUCUCUAGGAUGCCCAUUAGUCUCCACACAAGUGUCAGAGUCUUCUUGGAGUCAACCUUUGAAUUAAGCAAAAAGUUAUUUUUUAAAAUUCUAUCCUAUUUAUGUCAUUGUGUUUUGUUUUUAUUCUGCAAAAAUCUUUAAAUGUUUGUAGGAUUUUUCUUUUGUGUAUUAAGUUCUGUACUUUUGAGCUUUUUAAGUCUUUUGACUAUUUUUUGCUGUCUUAAGUUAUCAGGUGUUGAUUACCUUAGGAACUGACUUUAUAUUGUUCAUGUAAUUUUGUUACAAGAUGUUUUAACAUUUUUGCUGCUGUCUCCAGUUUUAAGUGCUUUGGAUGUUUUAAGUCUUGUUAGGUUGAAGUAUUAUGUGUUUUGAGGUAUUUCUGGAUGUUUUGGUCGGUUUAAAAAAAAAACAUUUGGUUUGACAUUUGGUUUCGAGGGUUUUCCUUGUGUGAUUAUUUUAAAGUUAAAAGAUAUUUUAAUUUCUAAACUGUUUUUUAUUGUUAAAGAUGUUUCUAGCUAUUACGGGUUUCUGUUUUUUGUUUUUGGAAUUAUUAUUAUUAUUAUUAUUAUUAUUAUUAUUAUUAUUAUUAUUAUUAUUAUUAUUAUUUUGCUGUUUCAGAAGUCUGAAGGUGUUUUUAGGAGUUUCAUUUAAUUUUAUUUAUUUGUUGUUUUUCAGGGUCUCAGGUGUUGUAUCAUUUUUAUAUAUAGUUCUUUAACUCAUGUUGGUUUUAUUGAAGCUUUUUAUGCAUUUUAUCUGGAUUAGGUUUUCUUCAGGGGUUGCAUGUGUUCUGUUUUGGUUUCAGUUGGUGUUAACAGAAGUUCACAGGUUAGGUACAUCUUGGUGUUUAAAGGUUUUUUCAGGGGGACUGAUCUGAUCACAUCAAAUGUUUAACAAACAACUUUCAGCUCAUUCAUCAAUAGAAACUACUAUCACACUGAUCCUGUGAAAAAUCAAGACCUGGUGAUUACUGAAACUUGCUCUCUCUCUCUCGCUCUCUGUCCUUCUCUUUGUCUCUCAGCCAUGCUAUCCUUAGCCGCCCCCUCGCUCCGUCUCGGGGUCUCCAGUUGCCAUGGCAGCACGCGCUCUAUAGCGACCGUCAUCUCUGGCAUCAAAACAUCAAAGUGAGUCAACUCACCUGGAUUCUCAUUAUUGUGUGUGACCUUUGACCCGUGAGGACCGACUUUGUGUAUGUUUAUGUGUGUGUGUCUGAAGGCUGGUGAGGGAGCGGCUGAAGGUGGAGGUGGAGAAGAUGAGGAGUCAGUUUCCAGGGUUCAGACCGGGACUCGUCGUCCUGCAGGUCAGACUCAUCUGCUGCGAUUAUUUUACAGAUCAACUUUAUUUUUCCACACAAUUUAACAAGUGGUUUUUAAAGGACUUAUACUUACGAAAACAACAGGGGGACUUAAAGGCUUAUCCAGUAGUGUAUAUGGGAGUUUUCAACAGCUUGUGUUCAACAGGUGGCACUAUUCCUAUGACAAAAAUAUGUCAAUCAGUUCAGGCCGGAACCAUCAUCAAACCUGUCGAAUUUAGAGCAGAUUUGACAUUGCAUGUGUUUCCACGAGUGUCGCUAUCAUAGCUGAAAAGUGGGCAUAACAAUGUGUUUCUGGAUGGAGGUUGAUCAUGUUUGUAAAAUAUCAAACUGAAUGAACACUGUAUGGAGGAGAUAUACCAACUUCCUGUUAUACAGGGAAGUUUUACAACCACCAAAACCCAAAAGCUUGGACUUCAAAAGAAACUGAUCAGCCUAGAGUUAAUCAAAUGUGCUGCCUAUAAAUGGCUAAAAGCAGACAUUCAACUCAAAUUUCUGGGGGAAAAAAAGAAAGAAAGGAAGGCUAGAAGAAAGAUAGAAAGAAAGGAAUGGAGUAAGAAUAGGGAUGAAGAAAAGGACAAUGAAAAAAGAAGUAAGGACGGAAGGAAAGACAAAAGAGAAAAAAAAGGAAGGAAAAGGGAGAAAGGAAGGAGGGAAAGAAGGACAAAAUAGAUGGAUAAGAAGGAAGAAGGAAGAACAAAACAUAAAUAAAGAUAAAGAGAUUCAUAGAGGAAGAGGAAGGAGUCAUUUACAGUCAGGAUGAACAGAGUUAGAGAAUUGUGUUGACAUGCUGCUCCUUUGACAGAUGUGAGGUUAUUUCUGGAGUGCUCAGCGUGUGUGUUAAGAGCUGAAAACAGGUCUGAGAUCAGGGACACCUCACAUGUGGUGUUCAGACUGUGGACUCUGCAGGGACUCAGGCUGGUCUGAACCUGCUGUGUUUGCUGCAGCUGCUCCUCUUCUCACAAUCUCUGAUAACAAACCUUCAGCCUGCAGAGUCACACAGUCAGGCAGCUUCCUGUUUAAGAGUAAGAAGGGGUAAAAAGGUCUCGGUGCAGCUCCAGAGAGCUCUGCAGGGUUAAUGCACAGAUACACAGUUUUAGUUUCUCAGGGUUUGUUCACAAAAAAGUAAAAGCAAUUGAGAAAUCAAGACCAUGUUCAAAGUUCAUAUGUGUGUUUCAGGUCGGGGACAGAGAUGACUCGAACCUGUACAUCAGCACCAAACUGAAGGCUGCAGCUGAGGUUGGAAAAAGUUUCUUCAUCAUGAGGGAUAAAAACAAAAAAAUAUAUAUAUAAUUUAAAUGAGAAAAUAUCUCCUGAUUUCCAUCUCAUCACGUCUGCAGAUCGGAAUUGAGGCGAAACACGUGAGGCUGCCGAACACAACGACAGAGGACGAGGUGAGCCGGUCUGUGAUCUAUGAGUCUUACAAAUCACAGGGUGACAGGUGGUCUGACAGGUAGCAGUCUGAUGAGUGGGGUUCUGACACAUGCAGUUCAGUCCUGACUGUGUUGUUUUCAUGAUGGUCCUGCAGGUGCUGCAGAGCAUCAUGUCUAUAAACCAGGACGUGUCAGUCCACGGUCUGAUCGUCCAGCUGCCUCUGGACUCUGUGAACUCCAUCAAUACUGAGCUCAUCACCAACACAGUCAGUCCAGAGAAGGACGUGGAUGGGUCAGUGCUGCAGGUCAACACACCUGACGACACACAGCUAGGAAUCUGAAAUGAGUGUGUGUGUUUGUGUCUGUCUGUGUAUGCAGUCUGAGCUGUAUUAAUGCAGGGAGGCUGUCUCGAGGUGAACUCAACAACUGCUUCAUCCCCUGCACCCCCAACGGCUGCAUGGAGCUCAUCGCACAGACAGGUAAUAACACACUCUUAAAAAGGUUGGGUUAAAACAACCCAAUUUGGGUAGUUUCCCAACCCAGUGCUGGUUAAAUAUUGGACAGAACACAUGCUGGGUUAAUUUUACCUAAGUAAUAGGGUCGAUUUACUUAACCCAACAAUUGAGUUGUUUAAACCCAGCAUUUGGGUUGUUAAUAUUUGAUAUAAUAUUAAAUUACUUUACUGCAUCAGAUUUCAUAAAGCACUAUAUCAGAGAACCUCAAAGCACUUUACAUUGGAUACAUCAUUCAUUCGCUCACACAGUCACACCUUGGUGUUGGUAAACCACCUUAGUAGUCACAGCAGCCCUGGGGCCAGUUUGCACCUACAGCCUCUCCGACAACCAUAACACAACACUCACAAUCAUACACCAGUGGAGGACACACACUGGGAGCGAGGUGGGUUAAGUGUUGUGCCCAAGGACACAAUGGACAGACUUGGGAUAGGGGGGAAUCGAACCGCCAACCUUCCAGUUAUUGGACGACCAUUCUACCUCCUGAGCUACUGGCACCCCUUAACCGCUCUCUUUCCAUUUUACUGAUGGAGAAUGGUUUAAUAUGGUUUUCUUCUCUUUUCAAAAUAAAUAAUACAGAACAGGAGGUUGUAUCUUGCAUCCACUCCACUCUACAUCACAAAGUCAUCCAUUGAUUGUUUGUAUCAACCUGAAACAUCUAGACAGAGAGUCCACUAAAGCAGUAGUUUAACAUUUCUGACCACACCAAAAAAAAUGAAAAUACAACCCAACUUUUUUUGUGUGUGCACCUAAUCUCUAUGGUGCAUCACCUACAUAACCACCUCACCUGUGACUUCCUGUUCCUGUGCAGGUGUGUCUGUGGCGGGGAAAAACGCAGUCGUCAUCGGUCGCAGUAAGAUCGUCGGCGCCCCGAUGCACGACCUAUUGCUGUGGAACCACGCCACGGUGACCACCUGUCACUCAAAAACAGCAGACCUACCUGAACAGGUGGGCCGGGCUGAGAUCUUGGUGGUGGGGGCGGGCAGAGCUGAGAUGGUGAGAGGAGAGUGGGUUAAGGAGGGAGCCGUGGUCAUCGACUGUGGGAUCAACCACGUUCCAGGUAAAGACCGCGGUUUGUGUUGCACUCAUUGGUUCCUGAUCAUGUGUUUAAAGUCAAAAAUGGAGGUCACCAUGCUACCAUGUUCUUAGUUAUCCACAUAUCUGUGAUGUUUUCGUAAUCAUGAGUCUGUGUAACCUUUGACCUCGGCCAGACGAAACCAAAGCAAGUGGCAAACGUGUGGUUGGGGAUGUCCACUAUGCCUCAGCCUAUCAGAGAGCAGGAUUCAUCACACCUGUUCCAGGAGGGGUGGGGCCAAUGACGGUAGCCAUGCUCAUGAAGGUGCUGUGGUCCAAGUUUGACUUAUCUUUGAUUUUCCUUUUUUCUGAUCUUCAUGAAAGAAAACAGAGAGGCUGACGUUAAUCACAGAUGUUUAUUGAUCUUGGGUGUCUAUUCAAAGUGCUUGUUUGUUUGUUUGUUUUUUCAGAACACGGUGCAAAGCGCUCAGCGGUUCCUCCUGAAAAAUCAGCGAAGGUGAAACUGAAACACUUAGAGGUGAAUCUGCAGCUCCUCUUUAUCCAUCAUUUUAACAGAUUAUUAGAAAUAUUAACACUCAAUGAUUCUUUCCUUAUCAAAAAAGUUGGGCUUUCUAAAGUCAGUUUCACUUUUGUGUUUGUUUUUCCAUUUUUUUAGUCUUUUAAAGGUGGGGUAGGCAGGAUCUGAGGAAGUGCUAGUUUUUGGGAGAAAUCUUGAAUGUAAACACUACCCCUCCCAACCAGUUUUCCCCUCAGCUCCUCCUCUCCUCUCCCUCUCUGCUCCAGAAAGCCCCGCCCACAAACAGACGCUCCUGCUCGCUCGUAUCACUUCAAUUAAAUUCAGAUAUAAUGCAGAUAAAUACUUGAGAUAAUUACAAAUGUAGGACUUCUACAACUAGGAUAAAGUGACAUAGUCCAGGACCCAAGGUAAACAGUUAAGCGGCGCUUAGCUUACUUUGUUAAAGCGGUUUACCUGUCCAGCAGAAAGGUUACAGGGUCCAUAAGAUCCUGAAGCAUGUCCCACCGUUUCAUGUUGACCCGGCUUUUUAGCUCUUGUCCGGUCUACCUCUGUUUUAAGUGUCCGUUAGUCUGCCAGAGUCUCUGGUAUUUUAUUCGUUUUCUUGCUUGUGUUUUCCGUACUUUCUGGUUGGUUUCUACUGUCCGAUGUUGUGGCCAAUCACUUUGUUUGAGCUCGUGAACAUCAUUCCAGGAUGUGGAGCGUGCCUCACAACACGAGAGAGCAGCGUCCACCUCACAACCAAUCAGGUUGGGGGAGGCGGAGAACAGCUUUGUUUACAGUCAGAAAGAGCGGGCCACUAAAUAAUUGUUUAAUGUUGACUACACAGACAUAAGAGAACACAGCGAUAUCAUGAUAUUCCAAAAUGUUAUCAAUAACUAAUAGCUAUUGACUGAUAUUAAAAGUUUUUUUGUAAAUACACCACAAAAAAAAGAUGUUUCUUUAAAGGAAUCCUGCCUACCCCACCUUUAAUUUUCUGUCAUAAAAACCUCCAAAAAGAAAACACAGACACUUUAAUGAUAACACAAAAACUGUCACAUCAGUUUUUCUUCUUUUUAUUUUUUUUAUUCUGUAACAUUUUCUUUCAAUCGAUCAAACAAUCGAUCGUUCAGUGCCAUGAACAGAUCAGGUUGAGUCCUGUCAGUCUGUGCUCAGGGUAAAUUGUCUCCUCCUUUUUGCAGGUCAGAAGGGUGAAGAAUCAAAAGUCGCUGUGUUUAUUCAGGAGCCCGAAGGUCGUCGUCAUGGAAACAGACACCAGCUGUUUCCUGCUGCAGUCUAAAGACAACAGGAAGUGACUGAAAAUCUGACCAGUGCAACACGAUUCAUCGAUAAGGAAUAAAAUGAUGUAAAAUGAUGAUUUUUAAUGUUAAUUUAAAAUGAUUUUACUCUUUUAAUUUGAUUAAUUUUUUAUCAGUAUUUCUGGAGCUCUGCUUGAGUUUCUAUGAAGGGUUAUGAAUAAAGUUUCUUUCAAAUUGAAAUUUUUCCUUUUUUGAGUGUUUUUUGAGGGGGAAGUUUUUGCCUUUCUUAGUUUGGACAGCAGUAGAGAAACAGAAGCAUGGAGAGUAGAGAGUGAAGGAAGACAUGCAACAGAGGGCUGUGGCCGGGAAUCGAACAAGCAGCUGCUGUGGCACGGUCUGCAACCUCUGGAAGUGGGGCACUUGAACCACAAAGCCAUCUGUGCCACUGACUUUAAAAUUUUGAGGAUUAAACUUGCUCCCUUUCACCCAACCAAGCUUUGACCUUUGACUUCUCUGAUGUCAGUUUAAAGUCUGGAUGACCCUUUGAGCAGCGAGCGUCUCUCUGAGCUCACCGCCCAACCCUCUCUGCUCUCUGAUCAGCUGAUCUACGGCUGCCCUCAUGGCAGCUCUGACUAGAGAACGAGCUGUCUGAAUUAGCUGCUGCUCUCCGGGCUCUGAGGUGAGGAGCAGGAGGAGGAGACUGUGGUUCU